ACAGUGGUCAGGUCAUAGCCGAGGAUUGGAAGAAGACGGACAGGAGCAGAGGGUACUUAGACCUCAGCCAAAGAGACUACUACUGUUCGCAAACAACGAGAAUCUAUCGCAAAACAACGACUGAUGGCAGGCCGGCUAGUUAGUUUGCUUUUCUUCGUUCUUCUCGUAUAUCUAGCACGAUUGCUACAACGUAAUCGCGAGGCACUGAAGGCCGCGUCAUAAUUCACAGCGGAAUUAAAGAUUUUUUUCUCGUCAUCUUGGAUAUAUCGAAGCAAUCAAGAUGAUGAAGAUGAAACAGCAGCAGGGCCUUGUGGCUGAUCUAUAUCCCAAUAUAAGGGUCAUGAAGAUGUUUGGACAUUUCGUAUUCAACUAUUAUGAUGAUAAUUCGUCCAAGUACUUGCAUAAAGUGUAUUGCUGCGUGAAUUUAUUCCUACUGCUGUUGCAAUUUGGCCUGUGCGCUGUGAAUCUGAUAAUCGAGAGUGCCGACGUCGAUGAUCUCACGGCUAACACGAUCACUCUCCUCUUCUUUACGCACAGCAUCGUCAAGGUCGUCUAUUUUGCCGUGAGGAGCAAAUAUUUCUAUAGAACGUGGGCGAUAUGGAACAAUCCAAAUUCCCAUCCACUUUUCGCCGAGAGCAACGCCCGAUAUCACGCAAUCGCUUUGAAAAAGAUGAGGCUGCUCCUCUUCUUAGUCGGUGCUACUACCGUGCUCACUGCGAUUGCUUGGACCGUUCUCACCUUCUUUGAGCAUCCGAUCAGAAAACUUGUAGAUCCGGUCACGAACGAGACGACGAUUAUCGAGUUACCGCAACUGUUGGUCCGCUCGUUCUAUCCGUUUGAUGCCAGUAGAGGGAUAAAACACAUAUUGGUGCUCAUAUAUCAAUUCUAUUGGGUGCUCUUCAUGCUUAUUAACGCCAAUUCGUUGGAUGUACUUUUCUGCUCAUGGCUGCUAUUUGCCUGCGAACAGCUGCAACAUCUGAAACAGAUCAUGAAACCUCUUAUGGAACUGAGCGCAACUUUGGAUACCGUGGUUCCUAAUAGCAGUGAACUCUUCAAGGCCGGUAGCGCGGAUCAUCUCCGCGAAUCGGAAAACAAUCAGUCUCAGUUACCAGCACCACCCCAGGGCGACAGCAUGCUAGAUCUCGAUCUUCGUAACAUAUACAGCAAUCGGCAGGAUUUCACGGCGACCUUCCGGCCGACCGCUGGUAUGACCUUCAACGGGGGCGUGGGACCGAAUGGGUUAACGAAGAAGCAAGAGAUGCUCGUGAGAAGCGCCAUCAAAUAUUGGGUGGAGAGACACAAACAUAUUGUCAGAUUGGUCACCGCAGUUGGAGACGCGUACGGUUUCGCGCUUCUGCUUCACAUGUUAACGACGACCAUUACUUUGACGUUACUCGCCUACCAAGCGACAAAGGUGAAUGGUAUAAAUGUUUACGCGGCCUCCACGAUCGGCUAUGUACUUUACACGUUUGGCCAAGUCUUCUUGUUCUGCAUAUUUGGAAAUCGCUUGAUAGAAGAGAGUACUUCGGUGAUGGAGGCGGCUUAUUCUUGCCACUGGUACGAUGGAUCGGAGGAGGCUAAGACUUUCGUGCAGAUUGUGUGUCAACAGUGUCAGAAAGCUAUGUCAAUAUCGGGAGCGAAAUUUUUCACGGUGUCUCUAGAUCUCUUUGCUUCGGUACUGGGAGCCGUAGUAACCUACUUCAUGGUGUUGGUGCAACUGAAGUGAACAUUUGGGUUUGUGCGUUUCAGAUACGAACACAGCAUCUCGUGUUGCACGUGGCUGUGCGAAAUUAUAUUUUUUAAGAUGUUUACAAGGGACCAAAUGUGGAGUAUUUGUAUUCGAAAAGAAUUUCCGCAGGGAGAAUCCUGCGUUUUUACGAGCGCAUAUAGUGAAAUAUUCAGUGAAAAGAUUUAAGAUUUAAAUUACAUAAAA